AUGACUGCCAUCCGGCUACGAGAAUUUAUUGACCGCCACCCAGGGAUCCCACCCAGUAUAUUCAUUGCUCAUCAAGGAAAGGACCUCCAUGGCUAUUACCCUGGGCAGCUUGCAAGAGUUCAUUAUGCUUAUAGUGUGAAGAGAUCUCCCAGACCUCUCAUAGACUUGGAAAUUCCACCUAAGAGAAAAAGUCAGUAUCAGCCUCAAUUAGACCAAAAAACUCUCAUUCAAUACAUUUGUUUUCGAAGACAUUCAAAGCCUGCCGAACCAUGGUAUAAAGAAACUACGUACCAAAGAGACUAUUCUUUGCCAUUUUACAAGAUGGAUUGGGACCAGAAAUUAGCCACAGUUUCAUCGGAUCCUAGACCACUUAAUUCACUGCCAGAGCAUUACUGUUGUGAAGAGAGGUGGCUUUGA